AUGUCAGGGAAACACCAAGUACUUGUAAUUUUGGGUCCAAGUGGGGUUGGUAAGUCGACCCUCGUUUCUCACUUAAUGGAACAGUUCCCAAAUAAAUUUUCAUUCAGCGUUUCCCACACGACUCGAAAACCACGUGGUAAAGAGAGAGAUGGCGUCGAGUACAAUUUUAUCACUGAAGAAAAGAUGAAAGAGAUGAUCAACAACAACGAGUUUGUCGAACAUGCCCAUGUUCACACUGCUUUUUAUGGUACUUCUCUGCAGGAAAUUAAACGGAUUAAUGCUAACCACCAAAUUGCUAUAUUGGACAUCGACGUACAAGGAAGUAAACAAGUCCGUGGAAAAGUCGACGCAUUCUAUUUAUUUGUUGCGCCGCCAUCAAUGGAAGUUCUUGAACAGCGAUUAAGAGGAAGAAACACAGAGACUGAAGAACAAAUCAAGGUCAGACUGGCCAACGCAAUUAAAGAGAUGGAAGGUGAGAAGGAUGCUGAUUAUGUUAUUGUCAACACAACAAGGGAAGCUACCUUCCCCGAACUUGACAAGGUCAUUCUCCAACAUUUCGACGUUUAA